GACACUUUUGCGGUGUUGCAUGUCGAGAGAAUAGAAUGAUGAACAUUCUGUGAAACCAUUCUCAGCACUAUAUACGGUAGCGUCCCACACAUGACGAAACGUGGAGCACGGCGAGUCGGGGUUGCAUGAGCCCCGACACAGGUCGUAGGCGCUUGCAGGCGCUUGUUCUCCAGGCUUAAAUGGGGACGGCGCCCUGCUGCGUUCUACUCAACACUGAGACGAACACAAUCCCCUCUGACAGCCCUUGUCAUCCUAUCUGCCCUCUUGAUUGUAACUCAAAAGAGAAUGCACAGCCAAGACACCAGACACGUGCAGUGGAACCAGCGUGUGGAGGAGUUUGGCGCCAGCUACGCAGGUCACAGCUCUGCAGGGCCAUCAUACCGGGAGUCCGCGCCGUCACAACGGGAUGGCUUUACUUCCUACCAGCAGCACUAUGCCACGGACAAUCUCAAGGGGUGGCCGGGGAUGCCACCCACACCAGUUAUUCCGUCGAUCCCACUUCCAUCUCCUACCAGAGGCGAUGAGAGCGAGACCAACAUCCACCCAUGGCUCGCUGCACCAAUGCCCCUCGACCUAUCCAUCUCAUCCGAAGAGCUCCGCCUGAGGUUAGGGCGAUACCAAGCUCUGCUCGACACUUCGGCCUGCUUCCCACAAACAGACGCCCUGUUCCUCCGCGUCGAUGUUGGGCACUUCCGGGCCAAGAUCGAGAUCAGAUCCCACCGGCAGGCGGGAGCAGCAGUCACGAUCGGCGACAUCCUGACCACGCUGCACGCCGAGCUGCGCAGACCAAGCGGAUAUACGCCGUCUGACGCUCUACCAUACACCCGGCAGCGAAUGGCGGCCGAGAGAUCAGGCAGGGCUCGGAUGGUCGAUCACUUGCUGGGCCAGACGUGGUUCGCGGGCUUGUAUCGGGAGGAGGGGCAACGGGAUCAGUACUGGAAUGUUCGUAUGAUACGGGGAGAGCAAGCCCGCCACGGAUCGUGUAGAUAGAUAUAUAUGUAUCCUGUGCGCGCCGGCGCGCCAGGGAAGAUGAAUUAUAGCAGAGAGUGGCAAGACACAUCGCCGCCUCGUAUUCGCAUCCAUGCGUAUGGCGAAGAGCACAAAUGACGAGGAAGGAAGUUGACGAGCAGAAUUGGAGGGCGUCCGCGGUAAGGUGCAUUUCCAUAUUGGGCGAAGCAAGACAAGCACGACGCCCGGCUAUCUGGCGCUUCACUACCCACUGCGAGGACAUCGGCUUGGCACACGAUAGGAACGGAACCACCCGUCGGAAGAUGUCUGGAGUCUUGGUUGCGGUGCCUUCCCAUCUUGUCAGAACGCAUAUAUACACUAGGCGGGGACUCGAGCACGCACCCUCAGCAACCCAACGACACAUCUCUCAUCGCACAAGUCACCCCGUGCUUGCGACCAACCCACGUUGCACCAGCCAACCCGAAACUCGCGCUCAUGUCCAUAUCUAGGCCGACUGUGCUCGGCAGCCCCGACCACCUUUGCAGCCUGCAGAAUCAGCGUCUCGUACAUCGCGUAACCGCACUGAUGUAGCUUGUAAUGGUGAACCGAGGUGUUAUGGCUCUCGGCGUAAAGCAGCCUCAUCUCCGCCAAGCGCUUUUCGUCAGUCACCGCGCCCUUUCCCAUUCCCGUGUGCUUCUCAGCACAAGGCUGACGGUGUAUCGGAGAUCACCAGGCAGACCUGGCGGAUGUUUCUCGGAUGGUAGGGAAGACUGUGAGCAGCUGGCCGUCGCGAGUCCGCUCCGCCCAUUCCUUAGACUCGACAGUACUCGCGGAAAUCUUCAUGUAGCGACCGACGACCCCACCUCCAUCACAUGAACGAAGGUGCACGAUCACACAGGACCGACCGAACGAGGCGGGAAUGGCACCCGUGUAUGCGCCGCUGCUGUUUCUGGCAACGUCUGCUGGGCGAGAGUGGAGGCGGAGCAGACCGACAUCGGUGCUGGGUAGGUGAUGCUACGCAUGUCCCUGCUUAAGGCCAUGGCAAGUUACCCAGUGACCGGAACGAAACUCGAAGAAAGCGUACCUUGAGUGUCUAGUGCAGUCCCAGUGCCAGACACACGCCGCACCUCAGACCAUGGACCGCUCAUGCAUCUUUCCAUCUGAGGACACAUGCUCAUCUCGUAAUGAGUCGCGGCGUCGGCUAAGAAGAGUCAACUCUCUACCCCCGCCCCACGUUCUCCCCCAUACGAGAGAGACAUGAGGUGUGCUGUUGACUCAGUCAGGCCGGCUCCCAUAGUCGUCUAACUGCCUGUCUAGAUGUCGUCCUCACUGGCAAGCGAAAACAAGGAUUUGUGACGCGUUCGUGUAGACCGAUGCCCGUAUCGUUAUCUGCAUGGAUGGAUGCUUGCAUGCGUUUUGGGCGCGUGGGGUAGUGUACUGGGAAUUGCAUUAGAUGAUGAGCAAGAGCACAUUGACCCGACGGGCAACAUGCGCCGCGAGGAGUGCAGCAGUCAGAAGCAUGAUGCGCUGACAAAGCUUCUUGAUCACUGGAUCACUGAUAUAAUGAUGCAUUCAAUUGCUUCCAACUGUAUCGGCGGGCAGUUGUAUCGGGGGCAGUUGCGAUCCACGGCCAACAAUUUCUCUCAAUUAAUCCCUCAACCCGC